UCAUUAUCUUUCUCAUCAGAUGGAAUAAUUUGCUAGAUGCAAAACCACCAAGGAAAGAAACCAACACACUGAUGACAAGUGAGGAGUCAUUUUUAUACUACAAAAAAGUCUCUACAGAUGCAUACCUCUACAUCUAUGAGCCUCAUCUGCUGAACAUUGAGGGUAUCGGAGUCAACCAUGAACACCCUCUUCACUAUUCUCCUCUUCCUUCUCCUAAUCUUCUUCCUCCUAACCAGGAGGAGAAGAUCAUCACAGAGGCUCCCACCGGGGUCCCUCGGAAUUCCCAUCAUAGGCCAAAGCCUCACCCUUCUCCGAGCAAUGAGAGCUAACACUGCAGAAAAAUGGCUUGAAGAAAGAGUGAGAAAGUAUGGUCCAAUUUCCAAACUAAGUCUCUUUGGCACCCCCACGGUCCUUAUACCUGGACAAGCUGCAAACAAGUUGGUGUUCACUGCUGAUGGUGGCACGAUAGGGAACCAGCAGACAAAGUCGUUGAGGAUGAUAUUGGGUGAUCGGAAUAUUUUGGAACUCAGCGGCGAAGAUCAUAAGCGUGUUAGAGAUGCUCUCGUCUCAUUCUUGAAGCCGGAAUGUUUGAAGCAGUAUGUGGGGAAGAUGGAUGGAGAGGUUAGGAAUCACCUUGAAAUGCACUGGGAAGGCAAGGAAAAGGUCACGGUAUGUUGUGUAAAUUAAACCUGCAAAUUCUGGCCAAGUAAAUGCAUUAAAUUGUAUUCUGUAUU